CGGUGCAGCCAUGGCUACUUCAGCUAUGUCGCAAACCUCUUCACAGUCCACUUCGUCAGGAGUUAGUCAGAGUGGUUCUCAGGGGACCAUUAGUCAGAUUGUUGGCUUGCGAGUCCGCCAGCAGACUCAACUCACGGCAGAGGACUUAGAAAUCCGCCAAGCAGAAGAACUUCAAGAUGAGUUACAGAGGCAGCUGGACGAAGCAGCAGAGAGGAGAAGAAAAGCCAUACUUAGAAAGGCUAGACUAGGGAGUAGAAUGCAGGAGCUAGGCAGGCUGGAAGGACUAGAUGAGGCGGCAUUAGAUCCUGCUGUUCGUGUGCUGCGUAAUGCCUUACUUUCAGUGGCUGAAGCGCAGAACGUCCGGCAAGAAUUGCUGGCCGAGUUGGUGGCAGGCCAGAAACAAAUCCUAAUAAUGAUGACAAUGAAGGUGGUAACGAUGAUGAUGACGAUGCAGAUAAUUAUGGUGACGAUGACAAUGAUGAUGAGAGUCACGAUGAAUGAAGACAGUGGACAUUAUGGUGGAGAUGAAGAGAAUGGACUUGAUGAUGAUCAUCAUCAUCAUCUUAAUGGUGAUGAUGAUGAGGAGGAGGAGGACGACGAUGGGGGGGAGGCGGAUGACGAUGGGCUUGAUGAUGACGAGGAGGACGACGACGACGACGAUGAUGACCUUGCUGAUGAGGAUCAUAACGAUGAUGACGGCCUUGAUUACAAGGCGGAUGAGAUGAUGAUGGCCUUGAUGAUGACGAUGAUGAUGACGAUGAUGACGAUGAUGACGAUGAUGACGAUGAUGAUGAUGAUGAUGACGAUGAUGAAGAUGAUGAUGACGAUGAUGACGAUGAUGAUGAUGAUGACGAUGAUGACGAUGAUGACGAUGGUGGCCUUGAUGAUGACGAUGAUGACGAUGAUGAUGGCCUUGAUGAUGAGGAUGACAAGGACGAUGAGGAUGACGGCGGUCUUGAUGAGGAGGAGGAAGAUGAUGAUGAUGAUGAUUGGCCCUAGUGACGUGGAUGAGGAUGACGAGAAUGACGAGGACAACGAUGAUGAUGGCCUUCAUGAUGAGGAUGAUCACGAUGAUGAGAAUGACGAGGAUGAUGACGAUGAUGACGACGAUGAGGAUGACGCGGAUGACGACAGUCUUGACGAGGAGGACGACGACGACGAUGACGAAUGUUGACAACGAUGGUAGUGGAGAUCAUGAUGAUUUGUUGAAUUAUUUAUUAAAUUAUUAUUUGGCAAAUCUUGGCAUUAUGCUAAUAUACAGCUGACAGAUCUGACAUGGACACUAUGGUUUUAGUAUCUACGGCAAAUACAAAUAAAAAUUAGUAGAAUUUAUUUAAUGAGGAUAAAAUCGAACCAGUGAAAACAUCGUAGUCUGAUAAGCAGACAUUAAUGAGUGAAAAUGGAAUAAGUAUAAAUAAAUUGGGGGGGGGGGGGGGGGGGGGGAGAACAGAAUAAAAAACAACGGGCGAGUAAUGUUAUCGAUUGAAAUAGUGGGACGAAGAAUUAACAAAAUUAAACAAAUAUA